CCUGUCGUGUUCAGACAGAGGGAGAGAGAGGGGGAAGGACGGAGAAUGGCGACUGUGCAGUGCCCUAGGUGCAUGGUAGAAAGGAAAGGUUUUCGGCGGGAACUCGAUUCUUGGCGACACAAACUGAUACACUGCGUUGGGUUUGAAAGCAUCCUGGAGGGAAUCUAUGGCCCGAUGCUGAUGAGAGACCUCAAUGUAUUUGAUGACUGUGAACCCGAAGAGAUCGAUGACUGGUCUCCAGAAGCAAGCUGCUCGCAGUGUUCAUUCUGCAACCUUUCCCUCGACAAACUCAGUGAUCAAGUACCUGCAGCCACGUCGCCCCUCUCCUCCCCCUCUGAUUACUCUCCCUGUCAGGCUCCUAGCAUCUCUGAGAGCAGCCAAUCAGCUCACAGGUUUCUCCAAGCUGUUUUUCAUAAGAAAGAUGUGCCCCUGGACUGUGAUUCUAACAUCCCUCUGGUUGCCCAAGAGCUGAUGAAGAAAAUGAUACACCAGUUUGCCAUGGAUUAUGCGUCUAAGUGUCAACUCCACACCAGUACAAAUGGUGUUACAACAAGGACCUCAUCACCUUUGUCAGAAACAUCAGACAUACCUCUGGACCUCACAGUGAGCAGAACCCAGGAGGAGAAAGAGCAUGAACCUGAACCAGAUGGUGUGCUCGACCUCUCCAACAGGAACUCUGCCUGCUCAGCAACUUCAUCAUCAUCAUCAACUAAUCACAAAGCCUCCGGGAGGCAGCGCAGGCAGAAGGAGGAGUACAUUGAAAGGAGCUGGGAGCUGUCUGAGGGGUUGCUGUCCAAGGCCUUGAAGGAUAUACGUUCAGGAAGGUUGCAGGAACAGCGGGCUGCAUUGCUUUAUGGAAUACCUGUUCACACCCUGAGGCAAGGCCUGGAAGGCUGGGCCGAGGGAAGGCAUGGGAUGCCGCCCCAGCUUGCACCAGGGAGCAGAGAUUUCAGGGAUGAAGUGACAUCUUACAAUGUGAUGUCAUCAAUGCUGGGUGGUGAAGCCCGUCUUGUUCUGCAGAAAGUGGCAGCGUGGGCGGAGCGGGCAGAAAUCGGAGGGGCUGCAGAGGAGAAUGGAGACUUCAGUUUCCCUUCAUCCUCUCUUACUUUUUAUCAGCCACGUAGUCUACAGAAAUCGCUCCCCCAUGCAUUUCCACAACUCAGGGAUGCUCUCCAGCCACCAUCAAGCCCCACUCCAAGUCUGGAGCCUCCCACGCCCCUGCGUAUUCCUCAGGUCCGUUCCGUGUCUGAUCAUAACAGGUCGAUCCCAGCUGAGAAUUGCAGUGUGGCUGAAAACCUACACCAACGUACCUCAUCAACAGAGGGUACUGCCAGUUCAUCGACAGCUGCUGCCAGACCUUCAUCUCUCUUCAAACUCAGACCUCCUUUCUUAGCUCACGGCUGUCCAGGCAGUGCCAACCAGUCACCUCAUCGCCUGGGACCACGCGGGUCCUCGCUGGAUGAUUCAGAGGAGGGGGCAGGUAGCCGGGAUAAAGACAAACAACCGAGGAAGAAACGUGGGCGAUACCGCCAGUAUGACCAUGAACUGUUGGAGGAAGCCAUCACUAUGGUGAUGGCAGGUCGCAUGAGCGUUUCUAAGGCCCAGGGGGUUUAUGGGGUGCCCCAUAGCACACUGGAAUAUAAAGUCAAGGAGCGUACUGGAACACUGAAGAACCCACCCAAGAAGAAAUCUGCCAACCUUUGUUCAUCCAAUUCCAACUCGUCUGGUUCUGGUGCCAUGACCGGUUCAACAAACUCAGGGAAUCUUGCCUCAGCUGCUGACACAAAGAGGUUCUAGACCACAAAACGCCUCCAGAACUCCUCAACACUUGAACUCAUCACCUCUUACAAGACACACGUUUUCUGAAGAUACUUGUUAAAACACAACACAUGCCUUUACAAAAUAUAUGGAUAUUAAUAUUCAGGUCUUUUGACAAUGUGUCUGUAAUGUGAUAGUCAUACUUUUAGCUGUAUUUCUCCAGCUUAGUCCUGGGCUUUCAUUAAAGCAGCUAUGAGGUGAGGCAUUUUUCAAGAGGCAGUGGUGCUCAUUGCAGCUUUUGUUCACAGGAGCUGCUAAACUCAACAAACUCCUCGUAGCUUCAGUAUUUUCACAAUAGCUAAAAGAUCUUACAGGAAAUAGCUUGGAUUAUAUAAUCUGUUUACUGUUAUUAACUAAUGCCAUGAAAAGACCAAAACUAAAAAUGAAGUUUAUCCUAUUAGCAGGUAUUGUCUGUGGGUAUAUUGAAAUUCUCAACAGCAAAAUUUUUUUUGUUAAAGAAGCAUAACUUUGACUUUCAUCAGGCAUGACUGAAACUUUACUAGAUUUUGUUUGUAGGAGUUCACUACUUUUUCAAUUGAUCUCAUUCUUUAAUCUAAUGCAAAUCUUACAGGUGUGUAAUAGAUCAUUUUUAUAUAUUACAGUUUUUGGAUGACAGUGGACUUGUAUGGGAUGGAGGUAUGAACUAAAUCAGUGUGGCUAAAAAGACCAUACUUGUAAAUAGAGCUGAAACAAUAAUUCAACUGAAAAAAAUAAUAAUCACAAUUAAUCAUUCAUGUCAUUUUCAAGCAAAAAUGCAAAAUGUACUUUCACCUAUGUGAUGCUGAACUCAGUAUCUUUAGAUUUUGUUCUGUCAUUCAGAUAACACUAGCGCUUUGAAGCCAUAACUUUUCAUCUCCAGGAUAUUACACUAUGCAUUUUUCACCAUGUUCAGACGUUUUAUAGACCAAAUGAUUCGGUUAAUCCAGAGAGUACCUGAUUAUGAAAAUAAUAGUUGCAGACCUACAAGUAAGGAUAAACCAGUUGUUGGUUUUGGUCUCAUCAGGGGAUUUGUUGAUAAUAACAGGAUAAAAUGACACCGGCAUUAUCCUUAAGAUCUCCAGGAAGUUCUUUACUUUGUUUCCAUGUUCAUAUGAUUUGGUUUUUCUUCAAGGAGAAAAACUGAUGUUGAUUGUUGUACACCAGAUUGCCCAGGACCAAGUAUGAGAAAUACAGGUGUGGCCCUCUUAAAGCUAAGAAAUAAAGUGUGACUCUCAUAUUUGCUAGCUGUUAGGUUAUUAGGUUAUUCAGGUUUGAUUCAAUUCUUAAAGCUCCUUGUUAAUGGAGCGAUGAUGAUUGUCAUUUGCAGCUUUCUAUCUCUCCCUGGGUAUCUUACCUGGGCUACGGAAGUGACUUAGAGCCAUUGUAACAGAUUAAAAACUCAUUACUAUUGUUAGAGACCUUUACAAACAGGGAGAUUGUACAGUAUAAACUGCUGUGGUGGCUACAUCUUCAUUAUGAGUUUCUGUUGAAGAGAUUAGCUUGUGAAAGCCAUUUUCUUGUCCACACAGUUGUCUGCUCUAUUUGUGCAAGCUAGUCUGAACAUUGUAUCGAGUGUAGUUGGAAUGCAAAUGUGCAGCAUGUUUUUAAAUUUGCACUGAUAAGCUUGGGAAAUGUAUGUUAUUGUGUAUGUGUACUGUUUGUGAAAUAUGUUGUUUUAUUAUCACAGAUAUUUACUAAUUCUGCUACUGUAGCUGUAUUACUGUAAACCUCAUACAUGACUGCUGCUUGAAACUUAACUUUAUGGGACCGUUUCCCAGGCACAAAGAAGCGUAGCUACAACAAAAGCCCUAAUUUCAACAAAUGCGAUUCCAAGGUGACAUGCAUUGUAAUAGUGAAUCGAUAGGGUUAAAUGUUAUUGAUGGUUGAUUUUGUAGACUACUGGAGGUUGGUGAAAAGCUGGCAGUGUGUCAAUGACUUGAUUCAGAGCAAGGCUCACAAGCUUCUUUGUCUUUGUUUGAGGAUAUGCUAAAUGUUGCUCCUACACUCAUGUCUGCCUCUGAGAUGGUCCAUUAACAGUGCUACUACCAAAGCAGCAGUUCAGGGUUACCCACACAAAGCUGCUUCAGUUUGUUUUGUUGUGAUGUCAGCCUGCCUCUGUCUGUCUGUCUGUCUCCCUCCCUCUCUCCCUCUCUUUCUCUUUUUCUAACCUCGUUGCCACAUAUACCUCUGAACUUUAUCUGCCUAUAGCCCAGUGUCAGGUUUCACAUCAAAGCCUCUGUGUUAUGAUACUGAAUAUGCUGGGGUAUGAGCUCUUAUUAGCUUAGGGACGCUUAUGAGCUCUUUGUCUCUCAAGGAAAAACACCCAAGUGUAAAUGUAUUGCCAUCAACAACACUUAAACUUCAAGAAAAUUAUUAUAUAGUGAGUCAGCCAUUUGGUGGUGUAUGAAAUAAUUUAAAAAAAAAAUGUUUUAAAAUGGUUUAAAUUCUGCCCUGUGGCAUUUACAGGAGAUCUGCCAUGUUCUUAGCUAAGUAUUUAUCCUGUUGUUUUCUAUGUGUUAUUUGUAAUAUUAAAGCUAAUUGUAAUGCAGUUUUAUUUUUUAAAGCUUUUUUUGUCAGAUUGCUUGGCAUUUCAACCUUUCUAACUCUGGCAAUUAUACAAAUACUGAUGUCUACGCUACUGAAUGUCUCUGCUUGUAAAAGUACACAGUGCCUGUGUCUGGGGCACCAGCAUAGCAGCAUGAUGUCUUUACUCUGGGAAUUAUCUGCUAUUUAUGUCCAAGGGCCAGUUUAAAAACAAGCUUAAACACCUCUUGAGAAAUAGAAAACAUAAUUAUUUCAUUGCGUAAGUUAAAUUGUUGUAUAUUCUGGGAACACACCUGGGCUUGUUUUCAAAUUGAGCUUGGGGCAUUUUUUUUUUCUCUCAGACUGAGCUGCUGGCAAAUCUUUCAAACAACUUAACAUAAAUCUGCUAUUUAUGCAUCAAUCAAUUAUUGCACUAUGAUUUAUAAGAAGCAUUUUUAUUGUAGAAACCUGUUUUGUGUUGUUGCUACAUACUUAUUUAUUGAUUGUGCUUCAGAACUGUGAUUUUACUAGUUUGAUUGUUGUAGUUCUUGAUUUGUAAUGCGGCACUUUGAUGCAAUGUGAAAUGUGUAUUGCUACAACUGCAUGAACGCUUUUAAAUGUUAGCUGAUAUAAUUUAUUUUGUCCUGAAAUGACACCCCUGCAUAUUGUGGUUGUUUGGUGCUUAUGUUAAGAAUUAUUUAAGUGAUUUUAAAAAAAAAAAAAAAAAAAAAAAAAUGAUGUGGUCAUCAUAACAAAUUCAACAGUAACACUACAAAAUGUAACUCUUUUACUGGACACAUACGGUACUUAAAUAGCUGGAAACACUAUCCAAUAUGAAUUACUUCCAAAAAUUUUAAUGUUAUUAAAAUCAUUGACUUUUACAGUGAAAUGUAUAACUUACAAGACCUGAUAUAACUGUUAGUUGAUUUGAACAUUAGAGGGUUUUUUGAGCUGUCAAUUUGUUGGUGAAAGUGCUGUUGAAAAGAACAUUUUGGUUUGAGCGUUUCUACAAUCAUUCCUUCUGCUUUUAGCAGAAUGUUAUCAUUUGCCUUCAGCAACUCAUCAAUAAAACAGUUCUCCAAUCA